CUAAAAUUUACAAACAAACAAAAUGGAGGAAGCAACAGUGUCGACUAUACAAGUGCUUCGCGAAUCUUCAGCUGACAAAGAGAAUGUAUCAUCGUACGAACCGCCUGCAAAGAAAACAAAAGUUGCAGAUAAAGAUGCAGAGAUCAAACACAAGCUGGAAGAUCGACUAAGCGGCAUUUUAUGCUGCGCUGUGUGUCUGGACCUACCGAAGACCUGCUACCAAUGUAGCAAUGGUCACCUGAUGUGUGCUGGGUGUUUCAACCACCUGUUGGCAGAUGCCCGAAUAAAAGAUGAAACUGCUACAUGUCCAAACUGUCGCUGUGAAAUAAACAGAAAUAUUUGCAUCCGCAACCUAGCUGUGGAGAAAGCUGUGUCAGAGCUGCCAUCAGACUGCUGCUUUUGCAAUCAACAACUGCCACGGUACCAGCUGGAUCACCAUCAAAGGGAACUGUGUCAGGAGAGGCCAUGCUCCUGUCGGUACGCUCGCAUUGGCUGCCACUGGGAGGGGCCCUUCCAUGAGGUGGCAGAGCAUGAGGAGUCCUGUGCUCAUCCCAAGAAGACUGGAGAAGAGGUUAUGGGAGCUUUGGAGCAACUGGAUGUGCAACGCCAGGAGGAAAAGAAGCUCUACAGCGACAUCUUUGCUCUGCUGUCCUAUGAGAAAAUCACCUUUAACGAUCUUCAACUGAAACCAUUCCGAACAGAUGACUUUAUCACAAGACUCUACUACGAGACGUCUCGUUUUACUGCCUUCAAUCAACAAUGGGUGAUAAGGGCCAAAAUCAAUUCUGACCACAAAAACCCUGCUCACACAGUCAACAGGUCACUGAACUAUCAGCUGGUUGUAAAGACAAAGCUAACAACCCCUAUGAACAUGCAUUUCCUGGCACUAAGUGGGCCUUUUGGUGGAGUCCAGAUGAAAUCCAAGAUUUACACCUUUGAAUUCAAUGCAGAGAGUACAGAGACUGACUACCUUGACCUUCCCAUAGACUCUGUGGAGUGCAACAAGCUGCUGGCCUCCAAAACCAUCAACAUUCGUUUAGUCAUGUUCCAGGUUACGAAAUAAAUAAAACCUUUUGGGAUAUCCCACAAUCACCCACUACCAACUCUGCUGUUUUUGUGCUCUCUAUCUCACUUUCUCCCUCUCUAGCACACACACACACUGACAUGUUCACACACACAUUCACAUACACUCACACUCACAAAUAUACGCAUACACACACACAAACAUUUUGCUCACCCUUCCACACUCAUGUACAAUGAACCUCGCGUUUACUGUACUCUGAAGAAAGUGUCCAUGUUCUUUUUUUAAUCAGUAACAGGCUCUGUCUCCAUCUCAUAUUGUAGGAAUCUAAAACUAGCUACCUCAGACCUAACUGCAAUAAAAUAAUUAAGCUGCAAGCAGUUGUGGCUGCAUCUUGGGGCAUUUUUCACCUACAAACUAUCAUAAGCAACUAGUGGUCACCUUACCAGUAGAUCAUUAGCUGUAAUGUUGAGUUUAUUUGUUGCAAUUUCGUAUCAAUGUUCGGCCUUUUAUAUUAUAAUGGUUUUACUCUUUGCCAUUUUGCAAGUUCAAUUGCAAGGAAAGCUAUAUUUACUUUUUUCUCUGUCUGCUGGGAUACUGUAUCCAACUCCGCCCUGACGGACAGGGUUGAGGCAGCCUGACUUCUAAAGUAUGUAAAUGGUGUCAAUGGGGGGCAUAAAACAUUCUACAGUGGUUGGUCUAUAAAAGACAGUAAAAUUUGAUACCACUGACAGUAAAAUUCUAUACCACUGAUCAGAGGCUGUCUUUUACAGACACCAGCCCAUGCAUUCCAUACUCAUGCAUAAUAAUUAUAUCUUCAAAUGGGAUGGAGUUGUCUGUUUCUACAGGAUUUGGUGGGUGGGGGUUACAGGUGCUGAACAUGGAUGUUCAGUCUAGUUGUGAAACUUACCACUAUCGUAGAUUCCAGCCCCUGACAGUGAACAAUGAUUGCUGUGGCACCAGGCAGUCUAGACUUGUUCCAAAUGAUGCAUCUUUGUGCACCAUUAUGUCAUGUACAGCUUCUAUUUUCCUCAUAUAUUAAGUACUUUAAAUACAAUGUAAUAGUGGAGGCCAGAAGGGUGGUGAUUUUUAUUUCCCUCAUAGCCGUAAUCUAGCCUAGUCCUACACGUGCAUGGAGGAAAAGAAAAUAUCUCAUUUUGUAAGUAAUAACAUUUGAUCAGAGAAGUUGGGUGUCAAAAGGGGAAAGGGACCAGAAAAAGCAGCUAUUUGUCAUGACCAAGGUAUUGCAGCCCACCUUUCUGAGAAUAGACACGUCCCAUUAACCCUUUGACUGCGCUGUAAAUGUAUCUCAUAUGUCUGGAUAAUUGGCCACCCAAUGCUGUGUAAACGUAUAUUGUACAACGGCUUAAACUUAAACAUGUGUUUGGUUUCGUUGAUAUCUCAGCUUCUACUAAGUUUUGAAUAAAGAAAGUGGCAUCCAAGAAAGCUUAUCAUUUUAGCUAUGGGGUCAUAUCUGAAGACUAUUGGACGGAAAGCGUGGGUUAUAUAACCAAAAACAAAGUGAGGUGUGUUGUUUUUCUUGCACACAUUGUGCGAGAUGGUUAGACCCAAAGCAUCGCCUCAAAAUGCUUGUCUCAGUACUUUACACUUGUUUACAUCGUUAUGGCUUCUUCUAUCUGAGUCUUGUCUAUGGAUUAAACCUUCUCUUCAUUUCUCUAACUAUUAAUAUGUAGUUUGACGAGAAGCACAAGCUUUGUUACUGAUGAAACUAAGCUUGGUGUGUUGUCUUUCUCACACACGUUGUGCAAUACAGAGCCAUAGCUUAGAAUUGGAGCGCUCGUCAAAUCGUAGUACUUUCAAGUUGCUUACAUCGUUAUAGCCUGUUCUGUGCUGGUCUUGUCAAUGGAUGAAUUCAUCUCAUUGUUUACCUUUCUAUGGGUAUAAGUUUUACUGAUCUUUCUUUUAUAAUAAGCGAACAGCUGUCAAUUAAAGAUUGUGACCUGUUGUGACUUACACACGGUAGAAUUUACCUUAGCCUGUGAGAUGCAUAUACGGUGAGCAGUCAAAGUGUUAAAUUUAAUUUAAAAUGCUCAAGUUUGAUGACAAGUUUGUUGGAUGCGAGGUUCACUGUACACACAUGUAUCUACGUCUGUACACUCAUCACUCCUGACUUGCAGCAGCCCCCACCCCCAAGCGAUCAAUUGAAUGUACAUAUUAUAUCUAGAUGUUAUUCCCAGUGUUCUUUGAGAGGGCUUAGUAAGUAAAAUGUAAAAUGGUAUGAAAGAAAAGUAGUGUACUUAUUCAUUGUUCCUGGUGGACCACAUGAGUCUGAAGUUGGCAACUACCCCCCACAUUAACUUAAUGUGCUGUUUGAAAUGUGUUUGUACAAAGCACCAUCCCUUAUAGGUUUUAGAUUAAUUGCACAAGCUCAUUCAUGCCCAAUUUUGUCAACAAGUAAUGUUGUUUGUUAUGAGACCUGUCCAGAUGGGGAGGGUUUUUUUUGUGUGUGUAAACAUCAAUAUUAUGAGUUAAGAGAUAGGCAUUUCAGGAUAAAUAUAUAUAAAUAUAUGUUCUGCUUUUUAGAUAUAGCUUAACCUAUUUUCAAGACUUUAGCGCCAUUUAUUUAUUUCUUGUACUGCUGUGCAUAAUAACAAAUCUGUCUUUGUUGACUUUGAUACCCAAAGGGCUACUUUUUGUCUCUGUACUUGAGUAAGUAAACACUGCGUACAAUUCUUGCUUUCAUGUUGGUUUUCAUUUAUUAGAAGGUGCCUGUGGAUGGGUCUUAAAAUGUUUGUAAUAUAAUGUGUCAUCGGAGUUUGAGUUGUUUUUGCCUUUUUUUUAAAUUUUAUUCCAUUAAGUAAUUUUUAAGUAUAUUCUUUUAAUUUUUUUUCCAUUGUGGUCUUAUCUUGCAUUCAAGUUUGUUUAUUUCUUUGUAUGAUUUUUAAAGUUCGUUUGUUUAGUCAAGUAAGUCUCUGUUUUGUGUCUGUAUACAAUGUGCCUUCUUAAUUAACCUGUUUGCUAUGUCUCGGUUUUAUUCCCUACAAUGACACUGUUCAUUAUAUUAGCCUGUGCCAUCAGGAUACACUCUAGGAAAUUUUUAUUUUUUUUAGCCAUUUCUUAUCAGUUAUGAGUAUGCUUUUUGCAGAGUAUACCUUAUGAAUGUAUACUUUCCAGACAAACGAUAACAUUUCUUAAAAAUUGUUUUCAUUUGACACAUUUUAGUGAAAUUCAAGGUCCCAGGAUUAGAUACUCUCAGUUCCUAUCAAAGGGACAUGUCAUGAUGUUUAUCCUACGUUGUUCUGGUGUAGCCUAGCAUAGUCUUCAGUGUAUGAGUUUCAGAAUUGUCUUCAAUAUCGGUUUCUAGUCUGGUUUUCAUUCUUUGUUUCACUGAUAUUCUCUUUUGAUAUUGUAAUUAGGUGGCAGUAUUAGGGAUUUGCUACCUGCAUUCAGUUUCUCUUUUGGGUUUUUUCUUUUGUGUUUAUUUCUUUUUUUUUUUUUUUCUUUUUUUUCUUCUUUUUUUUAGUUUCUUGGCCCAAGACUUUUAUAUCUCCUGGCUUAGAACAAUAUUUUUGUAAGUUUUGGCUGUUUCCAAGGUCAAUUCUUUGGACUUAAUAUAUCCCUUUUGACCUCUUACUUAAGCCGAUAGCUUGCCUUCAGAUCAGGAUAUGAAGACCUUGCAGGAAAAAAAAUUAAUUUUUUUAUUCUUCGUGCCCCUCUUUGAUGCUUGAUGCUGUGUUACCUGGAACAAAGCAGUGAUAAUUAAUGAAAUGAAUUCAUGUAGUUAACUAAUGAAGACUAGUGUAAAUAUAUACUUACUUUGUAAUGCUCAGUUUGACUGUGAGAUCAUAUAAUGUAUAUUCUUUUCCUUUCUUAAAUGUGUUGAAUAAUUAUAUGUUAUUUGCAAAUAUGUAUGAGUGGUGUAGCGGUUAAACGUUUCGCCAUUGCUUGCAGAAGGCAUGGGUUUUGAUUUACAUGUGGGGAGAUUUUUUUGAGUAUGUCCGUCUUUCUGCUAGGACAACUCCACCCAGAUUGGCCCCGACAUGCCUACCUCCUAAAUGAUCUGAAUUUUAGUGAUACAGGGCAUAAAACAUAUACAGACACACAAUGUGUAAAAUUUCUUAGAUUUCACACUGAAAAUGGGGCAAACUUUAUGGAAUCUUGUGCUGUAUCUUUCCUGAAACAAAUUGGGCUAAAAUAUUAAAAUGCUGUUUUUAUUCUAACUCUUAUGUUGUGGCUGUUUAAGUGGCAGUGACUUCAUGGAACCUACAUUAUGCUUCAGCCUGUUCAUCUCCCCUGUGAUUAUUGUAUGCUUUUUUUAAAUGUGAAGGUGAAUAAUGUCUUAAGAUGUAUAGUGUAACCAUUUUUCAGGAUUUUGACGUAAUACUUUAAAAUAAGAUUUGAGAAUUAAAGGAGAGUAUAUAUGGUAGCGAGUUUAUGCUUCUCAUUUCUCUCUAACUGUGGAUCUAACUCAUUUCCCCCCCCCCCCCCCCCCCCCCCCCAACAAAUGUGUGCUGGUUCAGAUGAAACUCUGCUGAUAAAUGUGUGAAUGUUCAUAUGAAACAUUGCAAUAUUUGAUUAAUUAUACGGUUAUCAAACAUGUGAAAAGAAAAUAAUGUUUCACAAAUGUGUGCACUCUGAACCAGACAUUAAAUUUUCGAGAAAAUACUGAACACCACCAAGUAAAAUUUCAUUCUUUACCAUUUUGGUCAGCUUGUUAAGGGUUGUUCGAUUCAAUAAUCUACUGUCUUUCAUUUGCAUUCUGAAAGAUUUUCUGUGGUUGUACAGUUUGGAAACAAAUUAGUACUUUUUUUUUUUUUCUUUUAGUAUUAGGACAGCUUCUAAAUGUAGAUUCAGCCUGGUGCGAAUGGCUGCACACUUGUUAUAGUCAACCACAAGGCAGCAAUAGCUAAUUUUUAAAAUGAAACUUGUUCACACAUCAAAGUUGUUUCCCAUGAGACAUGCUUUUUGUUGCAAAUAUAUAUCUUUUUGUUUCUGUUGUUUUUGGUUGUUGUUUUUUUGUGUGUUUGUGUUUGAAUUUGGAAAUUUGAAUAAUAUUGAACCAGUUGGGAAUUUUGAGUGGAUAUUAUUUUUUGUGUUGUAAUAAUGCUAUUGCAGUUUGUACUGAAAUAUGAAAGCUGUGCUAUUGUUACUGUACUACCUUGUGAAGUUUAUGGUCACAUCUAUUCAUCAACACAACUACCUUUUACAGAAAAGAAAAACAGGUAUUGUCUUUUUAUUUCUUUUACUUUUGUUAUUUUAUCUUCUUUUUUUUUGGGGGGGGGGGGUAAUUUUUGUCAUGACAAUUAUGACAAAAGAUUGUAAUCUUUAUGUCUACACUGGACAUGGUUUUCUCAUGUUCUACAAAUACCCUGUGAGAUUACUUUCAGAAUACAGUUCAUUUGCAAAGCGGAAAUAAACAGUCUAUAGUAGCACUAUAGACCAAGACU